AUGUCAUCCUUUCUGACAUUCCGUGUCAUCUUUGUGGUUCUAUGCUUGACCAUGACGACGAUGACUUCAUUGAGUAACGACAAUAUUGUGAACGCUCAAAAUGUUCGUUCCAACGUUACACAAUUGAUUCAAUAUUGGGGUUAUCCAGUUGAACAACAUUAUGCCACAACACCCGAUGGCUAUAUUUUAUCCCUUCAAAGAAUUCCUCGUGGUCGCUUCUCCAAUGCUGCAGCCACCACUCCAAGAAAAGUUGUCUUUUUACAACAUGGCUUUUUAGAUUGCAGUUCGACAUGGGUCAAUAAUUUACCCUAUCAAUCUUUGGGAUUUAUUUUAGCAGAUGCUGGUUAUGAUGUCUGGCUUGGAAAUGUUCGUGGAAAUGAAUAUUCCAAUCGUAACAUUUACUUUUCACAGGACUCGAAACAAUUUUGGCAAUUCACUUGGGAUGAGAUGGCUGCAUUGGAUUUACCAACCAUGGUCGAACAUGCUCUCAAAGUGAGUGGACAGUCAAAAUUGGCCUAUGUUGGACACUCGCAAGGAUGUACCAUGGCAUUGGAAUGUUUCACAAGUACGGCCUCUAAAAGCGUGAAAUAUGCCGCGUGUCCACAAGAUUUCACGGAUAAAAUUUCCAUUUUUAUCGCUUUGGCUCCAGUCUCGUAUUUGAAUCAUCCAGGAAGUGAAAUGGUGAAAAUUUUGGCUCGUCUUCACAUUGAUGAAGUAUUGGAAAGUCUUGGUAUGGAUGAAUUUUUACCAUCGACCAAACAAUUACAGAAAUGGGAACCUCAUAUUUGUUCCAAUAGUAUUCUUGAAAAGGAAAUUUGCAUGAAUACCUAUUGUUUGAUGAGUGGAUGUCAUGGAUUGAAAUCAAAAGCCAAUGAAACAAGACUCCCACUCUAUAUGGAUCGCUUACCUGCCGGUACUUCAACAUUAAAUGCAGGACAUUGGGCUCAAUUAGUGCGUUCAGGAAAAUUCCAAAUGUUUGAUUAUGGAACUGUGGAAAAUUAUGCACAUUAUCAUCAAUUCAGUGCACCUCAAAUUGAGUUGAGAAAUCUCCAUGUGGAUAUUGCUGUGUAUCAUGGUGGAUUGGAUGUGUUGGCCGAUGUGAGAGAUGUGCAACGAUUGUUGAGUGAAUUACCUGCACAUCAUGUGAAGAAUGUCAUGUAUUUGGAUGAUUAUGGGCAUAUUGAUUUUGUGUGGGGAAUUGAGAAUUAUAAAACCAUUUAUGCAGAUGUGUUGAAGAGAAUUGCAGAUUCAUUUCAAUAA